AUGAUAUCGGCCAUGCGUUGGGGUGGACUCACCUGGGCGUGCAUGGCGUUGCUGUGGGCGCGGGGCGUACCGGGCGCCGUGGCAAGAGAGCAGGCCGGCGGUGCGGCGGCGCUCGACGACGAUGGCGGGUUUCCAUUCACGACGGUGGUGGACAUCCUGUCGCAGAAUGCCGAGUUCGCGGGUUUUCUGCGGGCGGCGCAGCGCGGCGGCUGGGUGCCGUAUUUGAACGAGCUGGACGACUUCUCGCUGCUGGCGCCGUUCGGCGGGGUGGGGGGCGGCCGCCUGGACAUGCAGCGGUACGUGAUCCAGGGGGGCGUGAUCGACCUGGCGCAGUACGAGGCGGGCGUGUACGUGGUGGACAGUAGAGCGGGACCGCGGGUGGUGGAGGUGCGCGGGGACGGCGGGGCGAGCGUCAACGGCGUGCGCGUGGUCGCGGACAGCCUCUUCGCGAGCGUGCAGAACGCGGUGGUGGUGCCGAUCGCAGGCCCGAUGCCGGCGCUGGCGGAGCGCGACGGGCUGCUGCAGGCGCUGCGCGAGGCGGGGCGCCCCGUUCGGUGCGCCGCGCAGCUGCUGCGGCUCACGGAGGGGCGGGGCGCCAACGAGACGCUGCUGCUGCCGGAAGACGGGGCGUUCGAGUCGCAGUUCGACGCUGCGGAGCUGAACUACCUGCUGCAGGCGCACCGGCUUGAAGUAGACGGGUGGUAUGACGACCAGCGGCGGCUGGCGGCACGUCUGCGGCUGCGCGGCGUCCACGGCGGCGCCGCCGUCGCGCGCAACGCUACGGCCGUCUCCGGCGAGCUGGUGGAGCUGCAGCCCGCCGACCACGGCGCCACACUGUACGUGAACGGCACGCGUACAUCCUCUAGUAACCUGGUAUAUCGCGGCGGGAUUGCGCACCUCUUGGACCUGCAAGGCCUGCGCAGCGGCAUCGAGUUCACGGCAGACAAGUACCUCGUCGGCCUCAAUGCCUCAGCGUUCGUCGAGGGGAUGUACUACCAGAAGCUGGCGCACAUGCUGCGCGCACACACGUCGACCUACACGAUCUUCGUUUCGGCGGACAGUUGGGACCAGUACCGGGACUUCAGUAGGAGCAGUCUCCUGUACCACUUCACGGCCGACCAUCUGUGGCUCGAGGAGCUGCUCUCGGACGAGGGCGCGCACCGCCUGCACGACAGCAUGUUCUGCCCCGGCGACGGCCUUGGUGGUCGCUGCCAGCGGCUCAAGCUGAGCCGCGCGGGAGCCGACAUCUACGUCAACGGCGGGCUGCGCGUGCUCAACCCGCACCCUUACCGGGUGCGGAACACGCUCAUAUACCUCCUCGAGCGUAGUCUGGAGCCGCCCAGCGCGCUGUUGUCGUCGGUCAACCCGUUCCUCCACUGCACGCUGUCGCUGUCGCUGCUCCGCGAGCUCGGGCUGCUGGACCUGCCGUCGGACCACCACGGCUACACGGUGCUGCUGCCCUGCUUCGACGCGUGGCGCGACCUGGAGCUCAAUCUGGACUACCUGCGGCAGAACACGUCCGCGCUCGACAUGCUCCUCGGGAACCUGAUAUUCAAGGGUCUCGUGUACACGGAUGACUCGCAGGAGCGCAAUGUGUCCACGCUGCACGGAGAGCCCGUCUCUGUGCGGCCCCUGGCCGCCCACGCCAACGGCUCCGCGUCCUUUGCCUUCUCCAAUCUUGCGGCAGGCGUCGCGCUAGAGCUGGGUGCGGACAUUCCCUUCGACCGCGGCGUCGUGCACCCGCUGCGCGAGGUGCCUGGCCCGCGGGCCUUCCACGUGCCCCUGCGCGCGCUCGUCGACGCCGCAGGCGCCGCGCCCUUCGCAGACCUGCUGCGCCGGGCCCCCGCCUUCGCCGACGCGCUGGGGCCCGACGCGCCCUACUCCAUUCUCGCGCCCGCCGGCCUGCUACAGCGCCACGUCGCUGACCCCGCCAAGUUUCUCGCCGCGCAUCUCGUGCCACGUGCGGCCACCGACGCGCUGCGCCUCUGCAACGGCCUGGUGCCAACCGCCCACGGCCCCCCGUUGCACUGUCGCGCGCCCGCGCCCGGCGUCCGCCUGCUGAGCGUCGCCGGCCACUCGCAGGAAGUCCGCGUGCUCAAGGUCGGUUGUACCGACGGCGCCUGCGUCUUCCUGCUCGACCGCGCCCUCGACGCGCCGCAGGCCCGCGCCCGCCUGCGGCUGGCCGCCGCCGGCUUCCUGGCGGGCGUCUGCGCCGGCCUCUACAUGGGCUACGUGCUCUUUUGCAAGCGUACCGUCUGGUUCCGUCGCUCUCCAGAAAGCGCGCCCCUACUUCAAGAGUCGCCUCCGGCGUAG